UUAUGAAUAAAGUAAUAUAAAUAUAUAUAAAGCAGUAAGGAAGUAAAGUAGAUGUUACAAAAUAGAUCUUCUCAUUUCCAAAACCAUUUUAUUAUUUUUUCUUCUCUUCUAAAGCCCGCUUAUCGAUUACCUGGUUGACGUCUAUGGAUGGAAGGGGACGCUACUGCUGCUAUCAGCAAUCAUUCUUAAUUGUAUACCUGUGCACUGAUUUUUCGGUCUCUUCCAACAAUGAAGAAAGUUUCCAGACUGGAAUCCUUAGCAGAGGAAAGAACUGAUCAGUCUCAUGACGAAAAGUGUUCGCUGGUUCAAUCUGAUAAAAAAAGGAACUAUAAAGAUGUGCAUUUCAACCAUGUAAAAUGUAAAAUUGUGCACGACAAACUUGACAAAACAACUGAUACAAAUAAGCAUCUAACUGACCAUGGUACUGGGAGGGACAAACACUCAACUCCUGACCCAGUUAUUAUCGAGAUAGUUCACGAAGAUGCCAUAAAGGGAAAUGUUGUUGAAAUUGUUAACAAUUCAGUCGACUAUGAUAAGUCAGCAAAAGUUCCCGAAUCAGCCUUUACGCGAUAUAUUACACUAUUUAAAUGCACAGAGGUGUCUGUGUUUUAUGUGUCACAGUUUCUAUUCUUUGCUGGUUUUUAUCUACCUUUUAUUUAUAUUCCGGAUAAAGCAAAAGGAGAUGGUAUUCGUGAAGACGACGCAGCCUGGGUUGCCUCUACUAUAGGAAUCUCGAGUAUUGCUGGGCGAAUUGUGUUGGGUUAUCUCGCUGAUAGACCUUUUAUUAAUAGAAUGAUAAUGUUCAAGACUGCCCUCCUGAUGACAGGAAUAAGUUCGUCUCUCUUGCCUCUCUUUAACACACUGUGGCUGUUGUUGAUAUAUGCUGUUGUUUAUGGUGUUUCUACUGGUAUAACGUUAUCACUGACGCCUGUAGUUUUGGUUGAUAUUGCUGGCAUUGAUCUACUAGCUGACGCUAUGGAUUUAAACAACCUGUUCAGUGCAAUUGGGUCGCUUUUAGGGCCACCACUGGCAGGUUUUCUUUAUGACAUUACACAGAACUACACAGCGUCAUUUCUGGCUUCAGGAAUUACAAUGACAGUUUCCGGUAUAAUACUCAUUGCAACAUCAAUUUGUCGCAAAAGAGACGUACAUCAGUACUAAAUAAACUAUGCUUUAUAUUCAGACAUCAGCUGCAUCGCAGUAAACAAUGAAUAUACAUCUACUGUCGAUUUAUUGGUGCAUUUUUUGCUGUGAACAAAUAUAUAUUAAAAGAUGCAAAUCGGCAGUUUAUUUUGCACUUUUUUCUUCGUGUUAACACAUGUAAUUCCUGUAACAGUGUUUGACACAAUCCUGAUAAGGAGAUUUUAUGCGUUCAGAAUAGAAUAUGGUCAGUAAUGAAGUGCAACGAUGUUAAUCCAAUGAAUUCAAUACACGUCAAGCAGUUCUUAACAUUACAACAAUGCACUGUCCAUUACGUCCGAAUA